AUGGGCAAGGGACCUCCUGAGGUUUUGCUUUUCCUCCAGUUCCUGGUCUCUCAUCAGUCCCUGCCCUUCUUUCUCCAGGAGGUAGUAGCAGAGAUGGCUGAAGUGGCAGAGAUGCCAACACAGGUGUCAUCAGAGGUGAUGGAGAUGUCAACACAGAUGUCAGAGGAGGUGACAGAAAUGUCAGCAGGGGUAACUGAGAUGACACCUGGGGAGGCCCUUGCCUCAUCCCUCUUCUUCCAGCACCACCAGUUCAUGUGCUCUGAGUGUGGCAACCUCUACAAUACCCUGGAAGAAGUCCUCUCACACCAGGAGCAGCAUGUGCCCCCUGCCACAGAAGAGGAGGCACUGAGCACCCCAGAAGUGGGCCUGGGACCAGGCAUGGAGCUGAUGCCAGCAACACAGGAUGGGCCUUUCCAGUGUGGUGAGUGUCAACAGCUCAUCCUCUCCCCCAGCGAGCUUCUGGCCCAUCAGGAUGCCCACCUCCGGGAGUCAGCAAGUCAGAUCCAGUACCAGUGUGGGGAUUGCCAGGAGCUAUUCCCCUCGCCUGAGCUGUGGGUGGCUCAUCGCAAGGCCCAGCACAUAUCCACACCCACGGCUGAGCCUCAGGCACCCCCUCUACCUCCCAAGACACCGCCUCCAGCCGAAGUCAAGAUGGAACCCUAUGAAUGUCCGGAGUGCUCGACCCUCUGCGCCACCCCUGAGGAGUUCUUGGAGCAUCAAGGCACACACUUUGACUCCCUUGAGAAAGAAGAACAUAAUGGGCUAGAAGAGGAGGAGGAAGGAGAGGAGGAUGAAGAAGAUGAGACAGAGGAAGAGGAGAUGACAAAGACUGAUGGUGAUGCUGCAGGAGGCGCUGCGUCCACAGCCAGCCGGGUCCAGGGCUAUGGAGACUGUCCUCAGCACUGGCCCCCAGCAGGGCCUCACCGGCGACACCAGCGGGCAUCUCGUGGCCCUGCAUCAUCAGCAGCCCACCCCUUCCACUGCAGCCAAUGCCAGCGCAGCUUUAGCUCUGCCAACAGGCUGCUGGCACACGGGCGAGCCCACAUUGGCGGCACACACGAGUGUACCACCUGCUCCAAGGUAUUCAAGAAAGCAACCUCGCUGGAGCAGCACCUGCAGCUGCACCGGGGUGAAGCCCGCUACCUGUGUGUGGACUGUGGCCGCGGCUUUGGCACCGAACUCACACUGGUGGCCCACCGGCGGGCCCACACUGCCAACCCACUGCACCGCUGCCGCUGUGGCAAGACUUUCAGCAACAUGACCAAGUUCCUCUACCACCGGCGCACACACGCUGGCAAGAGUGGUGCCCCCCGCUCAGCAGCAACAGCAACGGCCUCCCCUGCUCCAGCCGAACCCUCACCCCCUCCACCACCCCCAGCCCCGCCUGCCCAGCUGCCCUGCCCGCAGUGCUCCAAGUCCUUCGCCUCGGCUUCCCGGCUCUCUCGGCACCACCGUGCGGUCCAUGGGCCCCCUGAGCGGCGACAUCGCUGUGGUGUUUGUGGAAAGGGCUUCAAAAAGCUGGUUCAUGUGCGAAACCACCUCCGGACACACACGGGUGAGAGACCCUUCCAGUGCCACUCUUGUGGCAAGACCUUUGCUUCUCUGGCCAAUCUCAGCCGCCACCAGCUGACCCACACGGGUGUGCGUCCUUACCAGUGCCUGGACUGUGGCAAGCGCUUCACACAGAGCUCCAACCUGCAGCAGCACCGACGCCUGCACCUGUGGCCAGUGGCCUUUGCCCGCGCACCCCGCCUCUCCAUCACAGGCCUCUACAACAAGAGCCCCUACUACUGUGGGACCUGUGGUCGCUGGUUCCGGGCCAUGGCAGGUCUGCGCCUGCAUCAGCGGGUCCAUGCCCGAGCCCGGACUUCAACCCUCCAGCCACCCCGGUCACCACCUCCUGCCCCACCUCCGCCCCCUGAGCCCCAGCAGACCAUCAUGUGCACAGAGCUGGGGGAGACCAUUGCCAUCAUUGAGACAUCACAGCCUCUGGCUCUGGAGGACACACUGCAGCUCUGUCAGGCAGCACUGGGGGCCAGUGAGGCAGGCGGAUUGCUACAGCUGGACACAACCUAUGUGUGA